ACAGUUUUAUUAUUUUAUUAGUAAUAAAAAAAAAAAAAUAAAUAAUAUUUAUAAUGUUAGGUAGUAUUUAAUCACAGAAUUAUGAGUGUAAUAAUUCUAGUCAUGACUGCAGUGAUACAUUUACAAUCGUAGUAAUAAUGAUAUUUUAUAGUUUUUUAUCAUAUUAAAAGAAAAAAAAACGACACGAUGUGUUUGGUGCUCAAGUAUGUAUUUAUACUGUUAUGGCUUAUAUACACUUUCGCCUCCAUUAUACUUCUAUUCAGCAAGGGACUAUUACUGCACAGAGAUGUGCUGCCUAAUAAAUCCAUUUGUGAAACUGAUGUCGAUUCUCUCCAAGAGUUGACACAGAAUUGCACAAAAACCAAUACAAAAGUGGUAAUGAUAAUAAUUGAUGCCUUGCGCCAUGACUUUGUCAUUCAUUCUGAACAGGAUAUGCCAUACACGAACAAGAUCACAGUGUUCAGAGACAUAUUGGCCAGUUAUCCAAAACAAUCAAGAUUAUACAAAUUCAUUGCUGAUCCCCCAACCACUACUAUGCAAAGAUUAACUGCUCUCACUACUGGAAGUUUGCCUACUUUUAUUGAUGUUGGUUCAAAUUUUGCAACUGAAGAAUUAUUGGAAGAUAAUGUUAUAGAUCAAUUAGUUAAUAAUAGAAAAAAAGUUGUGUUUAUGGGAGAUGAUACAUGGGCAAAUUUAUUUCCCAAAAGAUUUUACAGAAAUUAUACAUAUCCAAGUUUUAAUGUUUGGGAUUUGGAUACUGUUGAUGAAGGAAUUAAGAAAAAUUUAUAUCCUGAAAUUGUGAAGGAUGAUUGGGAUGUGUUGAUUGCUCAUUUUUUAGGAGUUGACCAUUGUGGUCAUAGAUAUGGACCAAAUCAUAAAGAAAUGGAAAGGAAGCUUAAUGAAACAAAUGUUAUUUUGAGAGACAUAUUAAAAGAGAUUCUUGGACGUGAAAAUAUCAUGCUUUUUGUAUUUGGUGAUCAUGGAAUGACAUCAAAUGGAGAUCAUGGGGGAGAAUCUGAAAACGAAUUGACUUCUGCUCUUUUUGUAUUGUCAUCAUCUCAAGAAUUACAACCAAAAACAGAAAAUGAUAUAAAACAAGUUGACUUAGUACCAACUAUAUCAACAAUAAUGGGUGUUCCUAUUCCAUUCUCAAAUAUUGGCUCUCUUAUAAAAUCAGCUUUACCACAAAACUUUCAUUUAGUCAAUAGUAUUUGGAGAAACGCUAAACAAAUUAAUGAUUAUCUUACAACAUACUCAUUAAAAAAUGAUGAGCUUAAUGACAAGCAUAUUCAUUUUAUUAAAGAUUCAUUCAAAAUGUUAGAUAUUCAACAUAAUACAUUCGUGAAAAGUUGUGAAAACUUUAUGCAACUAAGUAGAAGAGCAUGUGAAGAAGUUUGGAUUCGUUUUGAUGAAAGUUCUAUUUAUAAAGGUUUAGUCCUAAUGUUUGUAUCAUUAUACUUUAGUUUCUUACUUGUUGGCUCAUCUGCUCUAGAUAAUUAUGAUAAAAUCACUGGUACACAAGUGCUCAUUAUGUUUUCCAUAGUUGUUCCAUUGAAUUUAAUUGCAUUUCUAUUUUAUUUUUAUAAGAUAAUUCAUAUAACUGUCGUUUUUUUUAUUACUGGAUUUAUAGGUACUAUUUUUCUUGCCUUAUUUUGUGUAGCUUGUUGGUCAUCAUUAACACAAGAUUUUCUUAAUACAAACAAACCUGAUAAAAUAUUAAUACGUAUAUUUACUGUAUUAACUACUCUUGGAUUUUUUUCCAAUAGUUACAUUAUUGAGGAGUCAUAUGUAUUGCAUACAUCAUUUGUUCUCUUACUGUGGUAUCUUGUUGUAAGAUUUAAAUUAGAAAACAGAAAAACAUGGUUUCGCAAUAAAAUAAAACCUAAAAAUUUUUCACUUAAACACUGGAUCACAUCAUUAAACUGCAAGGUUGUAUGGUGUUCAAUACUGUUAUGCAUUAUAUUGCGUUACUCUCAUUCAUUUUGGAAAUGUCGUGAAGAACAAGGAUGGUGUUUUGAAGAUGGAGCUCAAACCAAAACUGGAAAUUCAAUAAUUUCCUUGAUUGUUAUAGUAAUUGCUGUUACUCUUGUACAUAAGUCAUUGAAAUGUUCUGGAAAUCUAACUGGAUGUUCUUUAAAUGUUUAUUUGUCUUCAUUUUUGCCUAAAAUAUUUAGUGUACUGAUAUCUGUUCAUUGGAUAUUUGAAUCUUCAUUUCAACAUGUCAAGCCUACCGUACCAUACAUAGCAUACAUACCAAAUGUUAUUAUAUUAUUAACUGUAUUACUAAUAAUGACAUUAUUUGCAAGCCCAUUACUUGUACAUUAUGUAGACUUACAGGAAGGAAAAGCAAAUCAAUCGGAGAAUUUUUAUGAACUAAUUUACAGAAUAGCUAAAAAUAUUGUGAAAAUGCAGUUAGGUCCACACAUUCAAGGUUAUCCAAUAGUAUAUGGACUUGCUACAGUUUACAGUGCAACAUUUCUGAUAUUUUCAAUAUUGCUAUGUAUUUUCGGAGGAUUGCUAUUUGGAUAUGUAUAUGCAGUGUCAGUAGUUAUCAUGAUUAUUUCCAUCUGGAUAAUGGCCAUGAUUGUUUCGGUCAUAAGGCAUAAUCAGUGUACCAAAAUCAAUGAAUUAUAUACUGUAAACUGGUUGUAUAUUUUGCUGUGGACUUUAUCAUCGUCAUACUGGUUCUAUGGUACUGGACAUAAUCCUUCAUUUCCUGCAAUACAUUGGAAUGCUGCAUUUGUGUUACAAUCAGAUAUAAAAAAUAAUACAUGGCUUCCUGGAUUUUUUAUUUUAGCAAAUACAUUUUUUUCACAUGCUGUUCAUGCAUUUUUAUUGCCGUUGCUAUUAAUUUGUCCAUUUACUAUUCAUGGUGCUUGGUCAGGAAAAUCAUUGCCUCCCAAAGAUGAAGAUGAACAAACAAUGGCUAGAGGUGAAUUAUUAUUAGCUGAAAAAUCAAGACAGAUGAUACACGGUGCAUUUGAUUUAACUGCUAAAUAUAUUCUGGUCAAUUGUUUUAGGGUGGCUAUGGUCAUGGCAGCAGCUACCAUUCAUUCACGUCAUUUGAUGAUGUGGAAAAUUUUUGCUCCAAAAUUAAUAUUUGAAGGAAUAGCACUAUUUAUAACAUUGCCUUUUUCUUUUUUUGGAUUUAUUCUUAUGUAUCGUGUAACUCAACACAUAAAUGUGUUGUUUGAAAGAAUUAUGUCACAACAUUCAAAUUAAUUUUUUUUUGUACAUUUUAUGACUGUUUAAAUAUCUAGUUAUUUUAAAGAAAAUUCAAAUAAUAUUUUAACUUUAGUUUAAAGUUAAAAUUUCUUCUCAAAUAAUUUAAGUAAUAUUUUUUAUUAAUUCUAGAUUCAUUCACGUAUAUAUAAACCUUAGAUUACAAAUAUACUAAAAAUUAAUUUCAUUUGUGGUUUAGAAAUAUCAAAACCUUUUCUAGUAAUUUAGUAUUAUAUUUAUAGAGCUUGACAGUUGAUCACAUUUCACAUGUUAAUUUUGUGUUAAUGUUUUGAAUUAAUUUUUAUGUUUUUUUUUUAGUUAUAAUAUAUAAGCCAUGACUGAUUGUAAGUAGAUAAUUAAAAUCAUUCUUUGAGUAGUUA